AUGUCAUCAUUAGUCAAGGAGGAUCUGAAGAAGAAGUUGUUUAAACCACUGUCCCAGCGCCUGUACGAGUUUAUUGAAAUAGAGUUCUCUACCCAGGACAGGUAUUACCUUUGUGUUUCAGUGACCAAAAGCAAUGAAGUGAAAAUAAUUAUGGUGAAACACUGGAGACUGGGUCUCGAUGAAAAAUACGAAAUCGCCAAGAACUGGUCCCUGAACGAUCUGGAGAUGAUCGAUGGAAAAGAAGCCGAUGCAGACAAUCCAUUUUUUGAUCUGCACUUUAAGAAAGUCUACAGUCUAGAAGCCUACAGCUGUGCUUCUAAAUAUUCCUUUGCUCGGACUGUGAACAAACUGAACCACGCCUACCUGAAAAAGGACCUACAAAUUGUUAACUUUGACGUCACCUACAUAAACGACGACUCCAUCUGGUCGUCCAAUAACAAGGACUGCCUGGUCCUUAUGAGGGUCUGCUUCUAUGCUCCAAUCUCCUGUGCUUGUCACUUCUGCCCUCUGCCAUAUUGA